AGAAAAAACCUGUUCAUUCUGGAAAGAUAUCUGCAGCAUUUGAAUUUUGAUCUCUAUUCAACCUUUCAAACACCAUCUCCUCACAUCAGCAUAAAAGACCUGCUGCAGCUAGUAUCAAAAGGUAACAUGCUUUGCUAAAAAUUAUAUGCUGAUUUUUUUUAUUUUUUUAUUUUUAAUGAAAGUGCAAAAAGCUUCCAUGGAGUACAGGAUAAAAAAGGCUACAGUCUACUGAUGAAAAGAUGCAUCUUUCUCUAUGGAUGACUUAUUUCUCAUACAAUGCAUUCAAUUUUGGUCCUUAAAUGUGACCUCUGCCUUCCCGUCUCACCCUCCCCAAACCAACAGGCAUUUUUGAAUUAUAUAAAACCUUGUUUUCAAAAAUAAUUUCUUUGGGUGGGUUCUGAGACUUAUGUGAGAUGCAUUGGUGAAGACUGGAGGAAAUGCACUCGCAUGGAGCCUCAUCAAAAAUACUGGUGGGGAGCCACUAACCGGUUUGUGAAGUCAUUGAAUGACAAUGAUUGAAAGGAGUAUGACUAGAUAUCCAGGUUUUUUAGAAGGAUUUUGUCUAUCAUUCUGAAUGAUCUAUAAACUAGGAGAAAUGAUUUAAUCUAUCACUGAUGUAUGGUGACUAUCGUAAGCAUGCAGUCAUUAGGUUUGUCUGUAACAGUUCAUGGAAAUCUCAGAAAAUGUCAAGAAAAGGCCUUGUCAAGAAAAAAGAAGAGAGCAGGAUUUCAGAGUGCUGAAUGUCAGUUUACAACUGCUUGCUGCCUAGGAAAGUGAGAAUAUUUUUCUUGAGUUACCCGCGAACAAGGAGAUUUGGGUAGUCAUUCAUUAAUAUAACUAUUAGUUAAAGUUUAACAAGUCAGUCUGUGUAUGCUGCGUGACAUUUGAUAGAUCCAUUUGUAGAUUUAAAUGGGCCACAUUUUCUGUCAUGAGCUACCAGAGGUUUCAGCUAUUUUCAUGUGGUGCAGAUUACCCUAAUGUUAGAGUGAAAUUAUGCAGUUGUGGAUUUGCUUCUAAUUUCUUCAGUGCAAGUUUCAUAUGAUUUAUUUCUUAAGCUUGUUGUUUUCUGUCUCAUAAUCCAAAAGGUUGCAUCAGAGAACAGUUGAUAGGAAGCUGGGUUUGGUCACCAUGGGGUGCGUUUUUGCUGAGUAUGUUUAUAUGUGCUUGAGCAGGUUCUGGAAUGUGGGAUCAUGUUCCUCGAUACAGAUAUUCAAGUAUUGGGUGUCGAAACAGAAGUGGCCUAGUUGAAGUAUUUCGAAGGUUUGCAGUUUCACUGAGGUGAGCAGUUAAACCCUGGCAUCGCUGAGCUUUCUAGCAAAAGGCUCAAGCUCUCAGCUGUUAAAUUGAAGAGGAAACUAUGGUUGGUGUAGAUCAAAUAAAGUACAGGUCCAGUGUACAGGUACACAUCCCUCGUCUACCCUGCAUGAUAAAGAGGAGGCAGCAGAACACGAACACAACCUCAUCAGAUGCAACAACAUCCCAUUAGCGUGAGGCUAUGGCACCAUCUAUGGGUGAGAUUCUUGUCCAAACCACUUGUCCCAAUUUCCUGACGCUUCUGCACAAGAACUGCCCAUCCCCAGUCCCUUGCUCCAUAACCACCCUGCUCUCCAGCCAGCUGGAAAUGCUAUGCCGCCUCCCCACAUGCACCUGCUGCCUCAACGGGGAGGUCAUCUCUCUUCCUGCUCCACAGGAUCCUGGCCACAUUUGAGAUCCCUUCCUCAGAAGUGGCUGCGACCAGCUGCCCACCUGCACUUCAGGUGUGCUGUGUGGCGCACAAGUCCUCGCUUGGGUCUCCUUGGACCUUCAGGCAGGCCCUGCUCUUUGGGAGCAGGACUUGGAAGCCACCAGGGAGGCAAAGAAAACUGACAAUUUCUCCUGGUGAAGCUCUGUAGGGCGUUCUGGUGAAGGGCUGAAAGACAAGCUCUUUCUGAAAAGGUUUUUCCCCCCUCACAAGCCUCUAGUGUGGUGAGACAUCUGUCUCACACCAGGAAAGCUGGGGAGAGGGACAUGUCACAGCCCGAGAGUGACUUCUGGAUGUGGCCACACAAGCUCCUGCAGGCAACAGCUCUGCAAGCCUGUUAUUAUUUCUACUCCUUGGCAUUCACAGCAGGGGUGACACUGGCCUUGAUACUUUUUAAGUGGGGUGGAGCCGCAGAGAGGGAAGGUGCUUAGGCUCUGAAGUGUUAUUGAACAUGGAUCCGAGCCUGAUGCACAACCUCCAGCACAGCCACCCUGGCAGCUGUCCUGCUGCUCCGCAGUGGCCAGAGUUUCUGCCUGGGACCGUGAGGUGUAUGGGAGCGGGGAGCUCCCACCCUCGUUGCCUCCACAGUGUCACCAGGGGCUGCCACACGAGCUGGAAGAGCUGAGGGGACUUACAGACACCACCUUUCUUGAAUUAUUUUAUUACUAUUUUUUCCCCAUCCAGCAUUCUCUGGGAGCUCUGAAGCGAGGCAGAGAAGGCACCUGGUGUCAAAGCAGUCCUUGAUGAGGCAGGAUGGCUUUCCAGGGUUCACCGUUAGCCUUUAGGCUUUCAAAGAGCUGCCACCCCUUCCGCACCCCUUCCCGCCGACACAGUAUGGUCUGCACCCCAAGGAGCCUCCCUGCCCCCUUCCCGGGCGCACGCCCCGGUGCGCUUCAGGUUCAUCGGGUAAAGGACGGGGAGGAGCCGCGGCGCGCUGGCCCAGGGGCUGGGCCGCCAUGACACCGCCCCGGCGCACGCGCGGCCCCGGCACCCUGGCAAGAUGGCGGAGGAGGAGCCGAGGCGGCGGAUCCCUCUGGUGCCGGAGAACUUGCUGAAGAAGAGGAAGGCCUACCAGGCCAUCAAGGCCACCCAGGCCAAGCAGGCGCUCCUCAACAAGCGCAAGCACCAGAGGGGAAAACAGCUCCAGUUUAAACGCCUGGAGGCUUUUGUUCGAGAUUCAUGGCGCAAACACCGAGAUGACGUCCGGCUGAGGCGCAUGGAGCAGAGACCUGCACAGACGGUUGUACCUCAGGAGCAGAAACUAGCCUUUGUUGUGCGGAUUGUAGAUAUUACGGGGGUGAGCAAAAGAGUAAGAAGAGUGAUUGAGUUGCUGCAGCUGAGAAAAAACUUCACUGGAGUAUUUGUUAAACUGACUCCAUUAUCGCUGAAGAUGCUGCGGAUUGUGGAACCGUAUGUGGCGUGGGGGCAUCCUAACCUGAAAUCCGUACGAGAGCUCAUCCUGAAACGGGGCCAAGCCAAGAUUAAGAAAAAGAAGAUGCCUCUGACAGACAAUAUGCUGAUAGAGGAACAUUUAGGGAACUAUGGUAUUAUUUGCCUGGAAGACCUUAUUCAUGAGAUCUAUUCGGCUGGGAAGCAUUUCAAAAAAGUCACAAAUUUUCUGUGGCCAUUCCAUCUGUCAGUGGCUCGCCACGCUUCACGUAACAAAGUAGGUUUCCUCAAGGAAAUGGGUAAGCCUGGCUGCAGAGGAGAAGCAAUCAACCAGCUUAUACGUCAGCUGAACUAGUCAGGGUCUUUGUGAAGACUUAAGGAUUCGGGACCUGUUCCUUCUCACAUGCAGUUCUCAUGGACAUUAUCCAAUGAUACGCUCUAGCUCUUGACUGUAUAUAUUUUUAUAUAUGUUUCUCUAUAAAGAAAAUACACAGAUGGUUAUGGAGAUGGGACUUUGGGCUGGUCCUUCUUAAAGCAAAUAAAUUGUACUUGGUACAAGGAAGAAGUGACUGGAACUCCUGGUCUCAUAUCUGGUAUAAAACAGUGGUUGUCAGUUCCCGAUCUAAACGAGGUACAGUUGAUUUGCACUCACACCUUCCAUCCUGUUACUCCCCAGUGGAAAAACUUGAACUUUCAUGCCUUGAAGUGCACUUCCUUAAGGGCAAAGGGGUGGUGCAGUCAUCUUUAACAUAUAUUGAUGACAGGCACAAGAAAACAGGAGGUGUUACUCUGUUGCUGCAGUGCAAGCCCUAGUAGUGAACUAUGUAACGUCUUUGAAGUACCUAGAUUGUAUUUAUUUUAAAAAGCAAUGAUUUUCAUGCUAGUGAUUUACAGAAGGCUGCAUUUUCACUUGUGCUAGGUUCACACUGCUGGAGAGAACUACUUCCUGAAAAAAAGCUCAGAAACUUUGUAGUAGAGUGCAUGUUUAGAGUUUUGUUUUAAAUAAACUUUUAAAAGUA